GAUGUCUCUAGGUUGCCGAAGCUGGGCUCGCACUUGCGAUUUCCCUUGCCUCGGCCUCCCGCUGAAAUUACUGUCUUUGAAACGCCAAUAGGACCUCCAGCUGCAGCCCCCAGUCCUCUUCUGGGGGCGGGUCCACCGAUGGCUCCGCCCCCGCUCAGGUGUCUACCUCUAGUAGGUGCCCGGAGUCGCCGAGGUCUGGGCCCAGCGAUCCAGCGGGCAGCUUGUCCCUACGCGAUCGCUGGUCUGCAGCAAUGAAGGACGCCCAGGAGGACGUCCCGCAGUCCAACUCCCGCUCCUCGGGGUCCGAAGAGUCUGCGAGCUCGGGCCAAGGCCCCGAGGUGGGGCCUCCUGAGGAGGCGGAGGACCGUGCUCGGUCCCCGGAGGCGGCCCCCAAGAAACUUUGUGGGUAUUUGCGUAAAUUUGGUGGUAAAGGGCCAAUGCGGGGCUGGAAAUCCCGCUGGUUCUUCUAUGACGAGAGGAAAUGCCACCUUUACUAUUCGCGGACGGCGCAAGAUGCUAAUCCCUUGGACAGUAUUGACCUCUCUGCUGCAAUCUUUGACUGCAAGGCGGACGCUGAAGCGGGGACUUUCGAAAUCAAGACCCCUAACCGAGUUAUCACUCUGAAGGCCCCCACCAAGCAAGUGAUGCUGUAUUGGCUGCAGCAGCUGCAGAUGAAGCGCUGGGAGUUCCACAGCGGCCCGCCUGCUCCUCCCACCGCCCCUGACACCACCCCAGCCAGGAAUGGGCCUGCCCUGCACAUCGAGUUAGAGCAAGAGGAGGCCGAGCUGAAAGAGUUCCUGCACCCUGUGAAAACACCCCCUGGGCUUGUGGGUGCUGAAGCUGCCUUGCAGCCUGUCCCUGCCACGGCCCUGCGCCUUCAGAACAUCUCCCUCAAGCACCUGGGAACCGAAAUCCAAAACACCAUGCACACCAUCUGUGGCAACAAGCACGCCCAAGGAGCCACCCCUGGCUCUCUCGUGGAAGAGUCUCCACAGAGCGGGGAGCAGCCCUCGGCCCCUAACUCCAGCGCCCCAGGGAAGGAACCAGCAGAUUCUCCAAAGCUUGUGCACAAAUCCUCUCUGCCUGCCAGUCUCCCGCAGAAGACCAAGCAUCAGAGCACCACCUUCCCGUUCUUUUCCGAAGGGCUGGUGCGUCAUCGGACAGCUCAGGAGAAAGUGGUGGCCUUGGAACAGCAGGUGCUGGUGCUCACUAAGGAGUUAAAGUCUCAGAAGGAGCUGGUGCAGAUCCUAUACAAGGCACUGGAGGCUGCCCAGCAGGAGAAGAGGGCAUCCAGCGCAUAUCUGGCUGCAGCUGAGGACAAGGACCGUCUGGAGCUGGUGCGGCACCAGGUGCGGCAGAUCGCAGAGCUGGGCCGGAGAGUGGAGGCCCUGGAGCAGGAGCGAGAGAGCUUAACACACUCAGUCAGCCUGCGUGAGCAGGAGGUGAAGGAGCUGCAGCAACACGUGCAGCUGCUCAUGGACAAAAACCAAGCCAAGCAGCAGGUCAUCUGCAGGCUGUCUGAGAAGGUCACCCAGGACUUCACGCAGCCCCUCUGUGAGCCCCACUUGCGUCCCAGCUCUGCCGACAGGGACCUUCUCAGUCAGCAGGAGAGGAUGGAGCAUCUGAAGGAUGACAUGGAAGCCUACCGGACCCAGAACCGCUUCCUCAACUCGGAGAUCUACCAGGUUACCAAGAUCUGGAGGAAGGUGGCCGAGAAGGAGAAGGCCCUGCUGAUGAAGUGUGCCUACCUGCAAGCCAGGAACUGCCAAGUGGAAAGCAAGUACCUGGCUGGGCUGCGGAGGCUGCAGGAGGCCAAGGCCAGCGAGUGCUCCGAGCUGCUGCAGCAGUUCAUCCAGGAGGCGCUGCAAUGGGAAGCGGGCGCGGCCUCGGCGGACAGUGUGGAGCUGAGCCCCAUCAGUGAGUACGACGAGUAUGGCUUCCUGACGGUACCUGACUACGAGAUGGAAGACCUGAAGUUGCUGGCCAAGAUUCAAGCACUGGAGGUGCGUUCCCACCACCUGCUGGAGCUUGAGGCUGUGGAGCGGCCACUGCAGCAGCGCUGGGCUGCCCUGGCUGAGCUGUCACCCUCCACUGAGCUAAAGCAGCUGCUGCGGGCAGGAGUGCCCCGUGAACACCGGCCACGUGUCUGGAGGUGGCUGAUCCACCGCCGCGUCCAGCACCUGCACACCCCGGGCCACUACCAGGAGCUGCUGAGCCAUGGUCAGGCUUGUGAGCACCCUGCCGCCCGCCAGAUCGAGCUGGACCUGAAUCGGACUUUCCCCAACAAUAAGCAUUUCAUGUGUCCCACCUCCAGCUUUCCCGACAAGCUGCGUCGGGUACUACUGGCCUUCUCCUGGCAGAAUCCCACCAUUGGGUACUGCCAGGGUCUGAACAGGCUGGCGGCCAUUGCCCUGCUCGUCCUGGAGGAGGAGGAGAGUGCCUUCUGGUGCCUGGUGGCCAUCGUGGAGAACAUCAUGCCAGCUGAGUACUACAGCAAGACUCUCAUGGCAUCUCAGGUGGACCAGAGGGUGCUCCAGGACCUCCUCUCGGAAAAACUGCCCCGGCUGAUGGCCCACCUUGGGCAGCACCACGUGAACCUCUCCCUGAUCACCUUCAACUGGUUCCUUGUGGUCUUUGCCGACAGUCUCAUCAGUGACAUCCUCCUGCGGGUCUGGGAUGCAUUCCUGCAUGAAGGAACCAAGGUGGUGUUCCGCUAUGCCCUGGCCAUUUUCAAGUACAACGAGGAGGCGAUCAUGCAGCUGCAAGAUGGCCUGGAGAUCUAUCAGUACCUGCGCUUCUUCACCAAGACCAUCUGUGACAGCCGGAAGCUGAUGAACAUCGCCUUCAACGACAUGAACCCCUUCCCCAUGAAACAGCUGCGGCAGCUGCGGGCAGCCCACCGGGAGCGACUGGAGGCUGAGCUUCGGGAGCUGGAGCUGCUCAAGGCCCAGUACUUGGAAAGAAAGGCUACCUUGGACCACACGAGGCCUGAGGGGGGCGCCAGUGAGGAUGAAGGGGAGGGCGAUGCCUGAUCUGGACGCACCCUUCCCCAGAGCCUUUCUACCCCUGGAGCUUAGCGUGGACCAGGGCUCUAGACCCAUCUCCACGUGAGCCUGGAUAGGUCCUUUCCCUCCCUGGGCCUCAGUCUCCCCACAGGACACUACGGUGAAGCCAUCGGUUGGGUUACCUCUCAGGGGCACUGACUCAGGGAUGCCACCUGGCUCUCCCCCCACAAAGCCCUGUCUCUAAGUUAUACCUGCAUAAAGCAGUGUCAGCGUGAAAAUCGCUCACCAGCUUUGGAACUUCCAUGGCUCUUAGUUAGGAGCUGUUCCUGAUGGAGCCAAGGUGUCAGGGUGUGCCACCCACCAUUGGGGCUGUCGUCCUCAGGCCUCUGGCUCUCAUUCCAUGGGUGUCAGGCUCCUGACUGCCCUGGAGAUGGCCCCAAGUCAUCGGGGUCACAGCUGUCUUCCAGGUUGACUAGGUCUGCAUGCAGACUGGCCCUGUGUACCAGGGCCUGUUUCCUGACCUUGGGCCACUAGCCCCAUCUUGGGAAGUUCCCAGAGAAAACCCCUGCCCACCACUGCAAGGAGUGGAGACUGAACAAGGUGUCCCAGGCCACGUGCCCCCUUCUGCCCUGGCACUGGCUGGACAGCAGGUCAGCUCCUUCUGCAAAGCAGAUGACUGGGAGAGACCACUGAACGUGGCAGGUGCUGCAGCCCACUCAGGGCCGAGCUCAGGGCUUUGUGACUGGGCCAGCGUCGGUUCUUCAGGGUCCUUCCAGGUCCUUGUCAGAAGACUCAGGCAGGGCUCAUGGCUGCACCAGUGAAUCUGAGAACUCAUUCCUCUGGAGACAUGGGGUGAGGUGAGCUAGGCCCUCCUGGGCUUGAUGCAUGGGGUGGGGUCUCCCAUGGAUUCCUUCUCUCUGGACCCUGGAACACUGCCCUCCAUCCUCCUAGCCUUGAUCUGAGACUUGAGGCAGAUGUUUCUUCACCAGGGACCAGGUACCCACGGGCAUGAACUUGAAGGGCGGUGCCCCCACACCUCAUAGCCCUGGGAGGAUGCUCAGAGCUCCUUCCCUUCCCACACACCCCUGCAGCCCUGGGGCUCCGGCACUAACCCGGAGGUUGGCCAGCCUCACAGGCACACAGCAUGGCAAAAGAUGAUACUAGCCCAGCACAGAGUGACAAGUACCCAACAGUAGCAAGCUGCCUCCUAGGAAGGCCCUGGCAGUCCUUCUUACCCCAGCCAAAAAUUCACAUCCUUCUAGCAAAAGCAAAUACCUGAGCCAGAUGCGCUGGUGCACACCUGUAAUCCUGGCUACUUGACCAGCUGAGGCAGGAAGAGCUGGAGUUCAAGGCCAGCCUCGGCAGUGCAGAGACUGCUUCUCAACAACCAGCUCUGGUCGUGGAGUGGGCACGGGGCCUGCUGGAUAUGGGCAGCCUCCUCCCGCUCCUCAGCAUCCUCCUCCUUGUCCCUCACACCUCUUUCCCCUCCUUCCUACUGCUCCUCCAUCCCUCUUCUUUUCUCUUUUCCCCAUGGUCUCCCUCCUUUUUUCUCUUCCUCCCUCUUCCUCUUCUCCACUUCUCUGGUUCCCACCUGGCUAUUCCUGAGAAUCCCGAGUGGCUUGGAAAGUACUGGUGCUCAGCCUGUGCCCAAGGGCAUUCUGGUGCUGGCAGACCCACAGGACAGGCUGCCUCCUCCCCUCCUGAAGCAGGGAGCUGGCAAUGAGAACAGCCCAUCCCGCACGCAGCACCUACCUGCACAGCAGCUCAGGCUAAGGUGACUGACAGGAGCCAGCACAGUGGCUGGCUAACCUGUGGGGAGUCACACAGCCAGGACUGGCGGAGCCAAGCCUAAGGGGAGAGGCCCCGAGCGCUCUGUGCCUUCUCGGGAACCUGGAUACCUCCCAGGGGAAAGGGCUGGCCCACCGGCUGUGCCUUUUGUGGACUAGCUCUAGCAAAGGAAAAUGGAGGAAUAAAGACCUUCUGAUUUGUUGCCUCA